AUGGGAUCGUAUUUAAACGCCUACACUCUCACUUUUCGGUUUGUGACUGAUGAACUGAAAGCAACGAGCCGCAGGAGACUGGCUCUGAUUCUCGAUAAACACCUCUUCAUCAUCCUCCUCGUCUUCCUCAGGUGUGUGCUGGUGCCCCUGCUGAGCGUGAAGCCCCCGCAGCAGGCCCUCUUCCUGCUGGUGGACUCCAUAGACGAGGGCUGUCAGCUGGGGGAGGGGGAGCAGAGGACCACCCCCGGAUCCCCCAGGACCAUCGCCGAGCUGCUGGCCGCUCACCACGACUUCCUGCCGCCGUGGCUCCUGCUCAUCUGCUCGGCGCGCCGCCAAAACAAGGCCAUCACCAAACUCUUCACAGGUUUCCGGAAAAUCAGUCUGGACGAUCUGCGCAAGGCCUACAUCGUCAAAGAUGUCCAGCAGUACAUCCUCCACCGGCUAGACCAAGAGGAGGCCCUGAGGCAGCAUCUCACCAAGGAGACGGCCGAAAUGCUCAACCAGCUCCACAUCAAAAGCAGUGGCUGUUUCCUCUACUUGGAACGAGUCUUGGAUGGAGUGGUGGACAACUUUAUCAUGCUGCGGGAAAUUCGUGACAUCCCUGGCACACUCAACGGCCUGCAAGGCCACACUAAAGUGGUCAACUGCCUAAUAGGCUGUGAGGCCAACAUAAACCACACAGAUCACGAUGGAUGGACGGCCCUGCGGUCUGCAGCUUGGGGAGGGCAUUCUGAAGUUGUAUCCGCUCUUCUAUACGCUGGUGCGAAGGUGAACUGUGCCGAUGCCGAUGGAAGAACUGCUUUGAGGGCAGCUGCAUGGGGUGGUCAUGAAGACAUCGUGUUGAACCUCCUCCAGCACGGCGCGGAGGUCAACAAGGCGGACAAUGAAGGAAGAACAGCUCUCAUUGCGGCAGCGUACAUGGGACACAGGGAGAUAGUGGAGCAUCUCCUGGACCAUGGCGCUGAAGUGAACCAUGAAGAUGUGGAUGGAAGGACUGCACUUUCAGUGGCUGCACUCUGCAUACCCGCAAGUAAAGGCCACGCCUCGGUAGUAAGCCUACUGAUUGAAAGAGGAGCAGAGGUUGACCACUGUGACAAAGACUGCAUGACCCCUCUGCUGGUGGCUGGCUAUGAAGGACACGUGGAUGUAGUGGAUUUGCUUUUAGAAGGAGGCGCUGACGUGGAUCACACGGACAAUAAUGGCCGUACCCCUCUCCUCGCGGCUGCGUCUAUGGGCCAUGCGUCCGUUGUCAACGCAUUACUGUUUUGGGGUGCAGCUGUCGACAGUAUUGACAGUGAGGGAAGGACAGUCUUGAGUAUUGCCUCUGCUCAGGGAAAUGUGGAAGUAGUGCGGACUCUGCUGGACAGAGGUCUGGAUGAGAAUCACAGAGAUGACGCAGGCUGGACACCACUGCACAUGGCUGCUUUCGAAGGCCACAGACAAGUGUGCGAUGCCCUCAUUGAGCAAGGCGCUCGUGGCACUGAAGUUGAUAAUGAUGGAAACUCCUUUAUAGCUGUUUCAGAUGUCAUGGAUGCACUCAUUGUGCCGACAUCAGAGGGAAUGGCCUUAGAGGUGUCCAAACUCAGACCCACCCCUUUUUGGGAGGCUGAGAGGGUGGGAGACUGGGAGAACCACAUCUUCAUUACACGCGGAGGAUGGGAGCAGGACGUCCCAGUGAAGGCGUCUGCCAGUGGACACAUCUGGUUCCUCUCCUCCCGUGCCCUUGUUUUGGAUACAGCGCUAACAAGCUCCACGCAGCACCAGCGGAAGAAGACCCCACCGGCUAACAGCGGCCACAAUGCGAACAGCAAGAGCUCACCUCAAACCGUGUAG